CUGUGCCGAGGCAAUGGUCGUAAAGUACAGAGUGCGGAAUGGACCUUGCGGCGUGGUUAAUGGCCGAAGAUCGGAUGACGGCAACUGCGUCAUCAAGAUAUGCGGCGAUGGAAAGCCACUCCGGGGAACGUAUUGUGGCCGUGGUCCGUGCGACAUAGCCGGAUGCAACUGCACCGGAGGCUGCCUGCGCGGACAAUGGGAGAAAUCUAUGCUGAAUAAUACAGAAUACAGAGUGGAAAUCUUAGAAAUCGAGUGGCAGGACUUGUCGUUAUUUCGAAUGCCCUCCAAAAGUAUAUGGGAAAUUGGCAUAUCAAUAUUCAACCGGAAAUAA